UCUGCCGCUCCCCUGCUCGCAGGAGAGCCCGCCCCGGAGGAGGGGCCGGCUCCGCCCCACCUCCUCGCCGCCUCCCUCCCCCUUCCCUUGCUUUCCUCGGGCCGCGCGCCCCCUCCUCCCUCCUCCCUCCCCUCCUCCUCCAUCCUUCCCCCACCCGGUUUGUGCGCCCCUCCCGCUGCGACUGGCUGGGAGGCUCGGCCGCCCCCGCCCCGAGAGGGAGGCGGGGGCGCUAGCGGCGGAGGCCACCCCAGGCUGCGGAGGGAACGAGAUCCGAGGCCCCGAGGCGGCCCUGCGUCUGGACGAGGCACGCGGGGGCUGCCUCUGCACCCCCAGCCCAGGGCCGCGGGGCCUGGCCUAGCGGCGGGGUGGAGGAGGCCAUCUGGAUGGAUGAGAAUGCGGCUAAAGAAGUUUGGCUCCCCAGGGUUAAAGAAGGGCGCUGAUGCCAAGAGGAGGACUGGGUGCUGGGUGGCAAAGUGAACAGACACCUACUCAUACAGCCACGUGGAAAUGGGAGAAGACAAACAGAACUCAGGAACUGGUCAGGAUGAAGAGGCAGAGCUGAGAGUCAGCGGCUUCAGGUCUUUUUCUAGGUCUGAGAAAAGGACCUAGGUGCCUGGAGUAGCAGGGAUGGGAACAGUGACACAUACAGGGAUCAUUAAUGAUACCCAAGUGGAGUGACAUCUUUCUCACUGCAACAUGGUACCAAUAAUCCAGCCUCCUCGACCCUGGUCGCGGGCACCCUGAGCCUUACUGAUUCUGCAGGGGGGCUUGCGCGCGGCCCCCAUGAGCGCGCCCCGGCUGACCCGUUGGGCGGCCGCGGUGGAGCCGGCACGCCGCGGGGGGCGGCGGGGCCAUGGCCUCGCUGGAUCUGCCUUACCGCUGCCCCCGCUGCGGGGAGCACAAGCGCUUCCGGAGCCUGUCCUCCCUGCGCGCGCACCUAGAGUACAGCCACACCUAUGAGACUCUGUACAUCCUCUCCAAAACCAACAGCAUCUGCGACGGUGCCGCGGCUGCAGCGGCUGCUGCAGCCGCGGCCUCAGUUCCGCUGGCGCCUGAGCCCGCCGCGCUGCUGGCUGUGCCCGGCGCCCGGCGCGAGGUCUUUGAGAGCACGUCCUUCCAGGGCAAGGAGCAGGCCGCCGGGCCGUCGCCAGCAGCGCCGCACCUGCUGCAUCACCACCACCACCACGCUCCCCUCGCCCAUUUCCCCGGCGACUUGGUGCCCGCCAGCCUGCCCUGCGAGGAGCUGGGAGAGCCGGGUCUCGUGCCUGCCGCUGCCGCGCGCUACGCGUUGCGGGAGAUUGAGAUCCCGCUGGGGGAGCUGUUCGCCCGCAAGUCCGUGGCAUCCUCUGCGUGCUCGACGCCGCCGCCAGGGUCUGGCCCCGGGCCGGCCUCGGCCUCGCCAGCUUCCCCCUCCCGGCCGAUGUGGCUUACGAGGAAGGCCCUGGCGCGCCUCAAGAUCCGCGCGCUAGAAUUGGAGGUGGACAGGCGGCUGGAGAGGCUGAGUGAGGAGGUGGAGGCAGAGAUUGCUGGCCAAGUGGGCAGGCUGCAGGCAGAGCUGGAACGCAAAGCUGCUGAGCUGGAGACUGCGAGACAGGAGAGCGCUCGACUGGGGCGCGAGAAGGAGGAACUGGAGGAGCGAGCAUCGAGCUCUCCACGGCAGGUGGACGUGAGUGUGGAGCUGCUGGCCUCGCUCAAGCAGGACCUGGUGCACAAGGAACAGGAGCUGAGCCGCAAGCAGCAGGGAGUGGUGCAGAUUGACCAGUUCCUGAAGGAGACAGCAGCACGGGAGGCCAGUGCCAAGCUGCGCCUGCAGCAGUUCAUCGAGGAACUCCUGGGGGCCGACCGCGCUGAACGUCAGCUGCAGGUCAUCAGCAGCUGCUGUGGCAGCACACCCGAGCGCCAGGUCCUGGGGCGUGGAGGUGGGGGAGUGGCGCAGGGCCAGGGCCGGGGCCCAGGCAGAAUGAGAGAACACCACGCGGGCCCAGCCGUGCCUAGCACAUACGCGGUGUCACGGCAUGGCUCUUCUCCCAGCACAGGUAAGGCCUCCAGUCUUGUGCCAGCUGCCUCCCAGAGCUCAGGCUAUGACAGUGACAGCCUGGAGCUGCCCCGGCCAGAGGAGGGGGCACCUGAAGACAGUGGCCCUGGGGGCUUGGGCACAAGGGCUCAGGCUACAAUGGUGGCCGAGCGGUCCCAGGCCCCUCGCAGCUCAGGCCUGCGGCGCCAGGCCAUCCAGAACUGGCAGCGAAGACCUCGCCGACACAAUGAGGGGGAGGAGGGUGAUGUCUCAGACGUGGGCUCCCGAACCACGGAGUCAGAGGCCGAGGGCCCCUCAGACGUCCCCCGCCCUGGGCCGGCUAUAGCUGGGCCAGUGAGCAGCUGCCGCCUUUCAGGUAACCCCGCCGAGGGAGGCAGUGGACGUGGCCGGCGAGCUGAGAGGGGUAGCCCCUCACGCUCCAACGAGGUCAUCAGCCCAGAGAUCCUCAAGAUGCGGGCUGCCCUGUGCAUCUUCACCUACCUGGACACACGCACACUGCUGCACGCCGCAGAGGGCCGGGACUGGCGCUUCGUGGCCCGUCAUCCCGCUGUCUGGACAAGGGUGCUGCUAGAGAAUGCACGAGUCUGUUCCAAGGUACCUACCUCUGCCUUUCUGGCAAUGCUGGCUCAGUGGUGCACACCCCACUCGCUGACACUGCAGAACCUGAAGCCCCGACAGCGGGGGAAGAAGGAGAGCAAGGAGGAGUACGCUCGGAGCACCCGGGGCUGCCUUGAAGCAGGGCUGGAGUCCCUGCUGAAGGCAGCUGGGGGGAACCUGCUGAUCCUGCGCAUCUCCCACUGUCCCAACAUCCUCACCGAUCGCUCACUCUGGCUGGCCAGCUGCUACUGUCGUGCCCUGCAGGCUGUGACCUACAGGAGUGCCACAGACCCAGUGGGCCACGAGGUUAUUUGGGCCCUAGGCGCAGGCUGCAGAGAGAUUGUUUCCCUCCAGGUGGCGCCUCUUCACCCCUGCCAGCAGCCCACGCGCUUCAGUAACCGCUGCCUGCAGAUGAUCGGUCGCUGUUGGCCCCACCUCCGGGCUCUGGGGGUUGGGGGCGCUGGCUGUGGGGUGCAGGGCCUGGCAUCACUUGCAAGAAACUGCAUGCGGCUGCAGGUCCUGGAGCUGGACCACGUGUCAGAGAUCACCCAGGAGGUGGCGGCAGAGGUCUGCCGGGAAGGCCUGAAAGGACUGGAGAUGCUGGUGCUCACAGCCACCCCUGUCACUCCCAAGGCCCUGCUGCAUUUCAACAGCAUCUGUCGGAACCUCAAGUCCAUUGUGGUCCAAAUUGGAAUUGCUGAUUAUUUCAAGGAGCCCAGCAGCCCUGAGGCUCAGAAGCUAUUUGAGGAUAUGGUGACAAAACUCCAGGCCCUACGACGAAGGCCUGGCUUCUCUAAGAUCCUGCACAUCAAGGUGGAAGGCGGCUGCUAACCCCGGGGGCGGGGGACGGCAGGGCACCUGCCAGCCCCACACCAAGGUGUUCUUUGUACCUCCAGAGGGAUCCUGGUUUGGACUAGACCUUUGGAGGCCUAGUGUUAUCCCAGCUUCCAGGGAGGGGUUAAGUAUCCUGUCCUACUGGAACAGCAGAGCAACAGGUCUGACCCAGGGAAGGGGCUUGGACAGAAGCUGCCCUCUGACCCCCACCCCGACCCCAGCUGGAGCAGACUUCUGGCACAGUCAGCGAGGAGCUGUCACCACCAGCACUGGUGUCUUCGCCUGGAGGAUCUGCAAUACCUACCCAGUGGCUCCUCAGCUGCUCAGGCAGGCCUCUCCUUCCUGAGGCCCCAGGCCCACAGGGGCCCCACAAGGCAGCUCAGACUUGGCAAGGAGGGCUCUUCUCCCCUACCUGUUUCACCCCUCUGACAGCUUGCCUAGGCCCGCCCUUGGUCUACACUCUCCAGGGAUAACCCGGGCAGGUCUAGGGACCCGGGCACACAGUCAGUCAAAAGCUGGGGGCAGGAUUGGAAGGCAAAACAUCACCCAGAACUUUUCCCUAGGAUGAGACCACUCCUCCCAAGGUGGGCACAAGUGGGCAGGGGAGGGGACUGCCAGGUGGAGUGAACUUACUUAUUGCUGUAAGACAGACUCUCCUGCCCCAAAGCGCGCACUCCAGAGCAAAAGUCAGAGCUAAAAGGUGCAGGUUUCUACACCAUUCUCUCCAAGGGACCUAAGGGAGGCUCAAGGUGCCAGCCCUGGGAGACCUGCCUGUAAUGAGAAGGGAUUUCCUUUUAAUUCAGGUGCUUGGGCAGGAAUCUGAUGGCCUUUGGGUCCCCUAGGCUAUCUAGGCUGUCAGGGAGGGGGUGCCCACUGUGCUGGGUCCUGGAAGAGGGUGGCUAAAUUUGCUUCCUUGUCUAGUUAGUUUGCUUGAGGAUGUGGCUUUGGCAAGGACAGAUUCUAGGCUCGAGGAAGAGGAAGAGUGUCCUCAACAGACUUGCCCUGUCCUCAGUCUCCACCAGCCAUGGGCUGAGGCUGCAGCUGGGGACUUCUGCCUCAGGGCUUAGAAGCCACAGAAUGCCACUGGAGGUUUUCACUGGCCCUUGCACAGUCCCCAGAUGAUCAGGUUCUGACAAGGCUCCAAAGAUAGGGCCCCCCAGUUUUUCCUCUCACGAUUUACCAUAGUGAUUUUAAAGACUGUGGGUCUUGCCAACCUUCAUUUCGACAGUUCUUGCAAACAUCUGACCUAAAUCCAUUUUAGGAUUUCUUGCACUCCUAUACAAGGUCAGUUCCCAGCCUCGCUAUUAGGCUGCUGGUCCUGGCUGGAGCUGGGAUCCUCUCAUUUCCCAGGCUUCUCCAGGGACCCAACUCUUGCUACCUGGCUUGGACAUCAAGCCCAGCCCUGGGUUACCUUGUAACAAGUGCUCUAGAACUGCACCCCCAUGCCUGGCCCAGAAGUGCAGCCAGCAGCCCUAGCUCUGUCCUGGCUCUUCAUAUCAUUGCUUUGCCUUUUCCUCCUGUGACCUGCUAUGUUCUUGCCCUUGGAAGACCUGUGCUACCAAGGGUGUCAUGUCAGCAUCUCCCUGUCCAGUCCUGUACAAAGCCUUGGCUGUGUGUGGCACAGCACCGCUAUCCCUAGGCCCUGCGGCUGCCUCUAUCAGCUCCCACCUUCCCAGUCCUGUCCCUGAGUCACAGGAAAGAGUAGCACAACUUUCUCUCUUCCAAAGGCCUGGGAGGGAAGUAAAGGUCUACUCAGGGCCUGGCUUCCCUGGGUAUGUCUGCCUUGUACCAACUGCACCCUUGUGGCCUCUGUUCCCUAUGACUCCAAGAAAGAGGUGCCCCCCAUCCCCCUGUCUUAUAGACAAAGCACAAAGGGAUGCCCUGCUUGGUCUAAGCCUGCCCAAUUUAGGGGUUUUCUCUGCCCCAGGGAACCCAUCAGUGAAUACGAGGCUCUGGGCAAUAUCUCCAGGCGGCACCCAUUGGAGUACCUGGCAUCAGCCCUGGGAAAGGUCUGGUGGCUUAAGCACUGAGCUGGGGGUGGAAGGGUGCUGACAGGUCUGAUGCUCGUCACAGGCUCCUUCACUGCGUUAUUCACAUAACAGCACCGCCUACCACCAGCACUAGGGGCAGGAGGGUGAAUAGGCCCCUCUCCUGCCUGGUGAAGUUGGCCUUCCCACAAGUCUGUUUCCAGGAAGCCCAUCAAGCUCACCCAGUAUUUUCUGGUUAUGUGAAUGAGGACUGUGUGGGGGUACAUAUGGCACAGGCCCAAGCCCUUGUUAAUGCAAAUUACAGGUCACACCCAGCCCUGGCCUGACAGUCUUGUAUGCCCUGGCCUUUACACCUGCUGAGAACCAGCAGCUUCCGGCCUUUCACCUUGAUGCUAUUCAUCUCCUUCAGGGGAUGAGCCAUGCUGCUAGAUGGGAAACUUUUGCUUGUUGGGGUGCUCCAUUUAUCCACUUCCAUGGUAACCAUACAGCUGGGGCCAAGGAGGGAAACCAAAGGGCCUUGCUUCCAGAAGGGUUUCAUCCCAUCUUCACCCCCUUAAAGGGAGUCCUUCAUCUUAUACCUAACAGGAAGCAAAAAAGGAAUGAUGACAUUUUGAGGGCUAACCAAGGCAGGCCCUGUUCCAAGGGCCCCCGGUUAACACAGAGAUCCCAAGGUGCUGCCUGAUGUCCCUUGCACUUCAACCCAUAUGGUCUGACCCCAGCACCUUGGAAUUUGGGCACAUUUGGCCUGAGUACUUUAUGCUUUUUUCUCACUACUUCCCCUCUCACUGGCAAAAAGCAAAAAUACAUAAAACACCCCUACAGGGGUAAAAGUGGGCAGCCCAAGAGACCACCCAGAGAUCAUGACCUCUCAUGUUUUCUUAGCCCUGAUGGCAGAAGUUGAGUCAGCCUCUCAGGAAUUGCUUCAAGAGAGAGGAAAAAAAAAAAAAAAAAGCCUCCUGCCCAAGGCCUGCUGCUCUAACAUGUGGCUCUGUCCUUUGCCUUUGGAUCCUGCCUGUCCCCCUGGUCCUGGUCUCGAAUCCUUUGGAAACAGGUGGGGGAGCUGCCAAGGCCCCAAUCCCUCUAAGGCGCUAAGUUGAAGGAGACCUUCCCAGAGAGACUAUUGGUGCCAAAGACCCAGUUCCUGGUGAAUCUGGAGUGGAAACAGGAGAGAGGUGAGUGGUCCAAGUGCCCACAGGAGUUAACUGCCACCCAUGGGAUCUGUCCUGGCCUGCCAAUCCCUGAAGAAUGUUGACUUCCCUCCCCCAGGGGCUUGGCACUUCUCUUGACCCCUGGUGGCUAUGCUGUCUCACCCAGCCUUGUUCCAGGCAGCUUUUUCUGUACAUAUUGCUGUGUAUCGUGUGUAUGUAUCGAUUCCUGGACAAGUGUGUUCAUCUGCAGCCCUUGCCUGAGGAUAAGGCUUAGGGUUGGGUGAAGAUCAGACUACCAGGCCUCCCUCCCCAACUCCUUGGGACUUUGGCCAGUCCCAAAACUGCCCUGACAAUCAGGCAGGCCCCCCACAAGGCCAAGCCUCUUCUGCCACCACAGCACAGCCCCAGGGAGGCUUGGACUGGGGGCCACCAGCGUCAGCUCUGUCCCAGCAGUGGUCUUGUACCUAGGGGCAGAGGCCUGAGGUGACCCAGGUUUUACCCGGGCUGGUGCCAGUAAGCUUGGCUCUAGAGGGCAAUGCUAGUGGGGCCUCCAUAACUGGCCUCUAGGCCCCGCCUUCCCCACACAGCCAGGCUGCAAGGCCUGAGCUGUGAGAGGGUAGCUUCCCCCACCCCAAGCACACCAGGCAGAGGGGUGGAGAGCAACAUUUGGUUUUACUUUUGUUUCUCAAGUGGUGCCUGUACCUCCAGCCCCCAGGGGGCCUUCUCUGGCCCCACUUCUCUGUCCUAUCCAGGCAUUGCCAUCCUAGCACUUUGCUCCAUGUUACCCAUAAAUGCCCUUUGCCGAAUGUACCUGAGUGUAUGUAUUUAAAAAGACUCAUGGGCAUCAGAGAAUUUAUGGCUCUGUAUCCAAUAAAAGAUGGUGAAACUGGUAUAUCUACCCCAGGGCCACAUUCGUCAGUAUGUCACCACAACCUUAUACAACUAAAGUACACAAGGUAGGAGGAGGCAGAUAACCCAUUUGGCAUUAAUGGGUGAAUGACCAGGAAGAGUCACCCCAGGGCUGCAGAAUAUGUUGGAGGAAUGCCAUCCAGGUUACUGUCCCCAUCACAGUUCAACCCUGCAUUCAGUGUCUGCACCCAGAUAGACUUGAAUCAAGUCACUUCUGCUUGUCAGCCGGGAGAGGCUAUCUUCAAGGGCAAACCCAGCACAAGCUAAGCAGGAAUAGCAGGAAUUGGCCCCCACCAUCACUGGUGUGCCCACCUCUUUC